CCCAGCCUGCUAUGGGAACACAGCUUGACAGGGCACUAAGCACACUGCUCGCAGGCUAUGGCAGUGCACGGUGCCCGGUUGGUACAUGGCCGGCUCCGGGGGGCAUUCCGCAUCCUCAGCAGGAGCUGUGUGUCUGGGGCCCCGGCUGUGGAGGUGGCAGCCACACAGGGUCUGGCAAGCACAGACAGGAGAAGGUUCAUCAAAGAAAACCCGAUGCCUUUCUCUGCCUUCCUCACGGAUAGUUUUGGCCGUCAGCACAGCUACCUGAGGAUGUCACUCACAGAGAAAUGCAACCUUAGAUGUCAGUACUGUAUGCCUGAAGAAGGUGUGAAACUAACCCCAAAAGUGGAACUUCUCACCACCCAGGAGAUCUUGACGCUGGCCAGGUUGUUUGUACAAGAGGGAGUGGAUAAAAUUCGUCUAACUGGUGGAGAGCCGCUAAUUCGUCCAGACGUGGUGGAUAUUGUUGCCCAGCUCCGGAAGCUGGAAGGAUUAAAAACUAUCGCACUAACAACAAAUGGAAUCACCCUGAGCCGCCAGCUGCCCAAACUGCGAGAUGCCGGUCUGGACGUGCUUAAUGUCAGCCUGGAUACCUUGGUACCUGCCAAGUUCGAGUUCAUAGUGCGUAGGAAAGGUUUCCAUAAGGUGAUGGAGGGCAUCAAUAAGGCGCUGGAGCUGGGCUAUAAUCCCGUCAAGUUGAACUGUGUGGUGAUGAGAGGGUUAAAUGAGGAUGAGCUCUUGGAUUUUGUUGCACUUACAGAGAAAAAGCCUCUGGAGGUUCGCUUUAUUGAGUACAUGCCGUUUGACGGCAAUAAAUGGAACUUCAAGAAGAUGGUGAGCUAUCAGGAGAUGUUGGAUACAAUCAAACAGAAGUGGCCAGACCUGGAAAAACUUCCUACAGAGUCAUCCAGCACAUCUAAAGCUUUCAGGGUGCCAAACUUCGUAGGGCACAUUGGGUUCAUCACGUCCAUGUCAGAACACUUUUGCGGCUCUUGUAACAGGCUGAGGAUAACAGCCGAUGGGAAUCUGAAGGUGUGUCUUUUUGGAAACUCGGAGGUAUCACUGAGAGACUAUUUACGCUCCAAUACGAGUGAGGAGGAGCUGGUACAGAUCAUUGGGGCAGCUGUUGGACGGAAGAAAAAGCAGCAUGCUGGUAUGUUCAACAUCUCACAGAUGAAGAACCGACCGAUGAUCCUGAUUGUUGAUCACAUAAGAACUUCCAGAGCCCUUCAGGAUUCCCUAAAAUAUGUUCCCAGUAAUCAAAGAAAAUAUACUAAUAUUGCCAAACCGAGAGAUGGAUCAUUUAGAAGUGUAUUUAGUAGACUGUUAUAUCUGUGCUGUCUAAAGAACAAUUUAAAUUAUAUGGUGCUUAAAUCUCGGCAUUACAGUAAUGACUUCCGUGAGCCCAAGUGCCUUACUACACAAAAGUCUUCUGAUGAAGAUGCCAGGAGGACAAUAAAUAUGUCUGAAACGCACAAUUCCAAAUGGCAUAGUUCCUCGGAACACUUAACACAUGUCAAUACUGAUGGAAAGGUCAACAUGGUGGAUGUUGGGAUGAAGCCUGACUCAGGUCGAACUGCAGUUGCCACAGCAUUGGUUCGGUUAGGUCCAAAGGUCUUUGACUUGGUGCAAUCUAACCAGCUAAAGAAAGGCGAUGUGUUGACCAUAGCUCAGAUUGCAGGAAUACAGGCAGCUAAGCUCACCAGCCAGCUCAUUCCUCUCUGUCACAACAUAGCUUUGAGUCAAGUAGACGUUUCUCUGGAACUGGACAAGCAACGAUCUGCUGUAAAGAUCACAGCCACGUGUCGCACACAUGGUAAAACUGGCGUUGAAAUGGAAGCUCUAACUGCUGCCAGUGUGGCCGGUUUAACCGUGUACGACAUGUGCAAAGCUGUCUCCCAUGACAUUGUGAUUGAAGAGGUGAAACUCUGCAGCAAAACUGGAGGACAGAGAGGAGACUUUCAGCGAGCACAGAUACCUACAUCCUAAUCAGCGGGCACAGAACCCUACAACCUAAUCAGCCGACACAAAACACUACAGCCUAAUCAGCGGGCACAGAACCCUACAUCCUAAUCAGCGGGCACAGAUACCUACAUCCUAAUCAGCGGGCACAGAACCCUACAUCCUAAUCAGCGGGCACAGAACCCUACAUCCUAAUCAGCGGGCACAGAACCCUACAUCCUAAUCAGCGGGCACAGAUACCUACAUCCUAAUCAGCGGGCACAGAACCCUACAUCCUAAUCAGCGGGCACAGAACCCUACAUCCUAAUCAGCGGGCACAGAACCCUACAUC